UCCACUCCAGGACCUUCGCCUCUCCUCUCCCUCAACCUCUGAGCCCCAGAAGUCCAGGUGGGAAGAAACUUCUAGUGGUCGGCUCCCAAUGCCUGCAUCCCUUCUUCCCUGGCCAGACUCAGCACUCCCUCCCUUAAACCUGGGGCCACUUAUGGGUGGAGCAGUAGUUGGGGGUUGGGAAGAAGCAGUUUAGCAGUCUUGAACUGACCCCACAAUUUUUACCAAUUAAUGUCUUCUAUUUCCCCUUUUCCAAAGCCCGACCCGUACUUCUUCCCCGUCCCUGCCCCAAGUCCCGCGCAACCCGGUGCAUAAGCUCCGCCCCCAUCCUGAGGCGGGGCCCCAUAGGUGGAGAGACGUGGGAGAGGUCGCCGCCCCGCCUCUCUCUGCCUCUCCCCUCCUCCCCUUACACGCGGAAGCUCAGUGGUUCCCACGCCAGGAUGUCCGACGCCUGGGUCCUCGGCUUGGUACCCACCUUGCUGCUCGGCCUACUUGCUGGCCUCCAACAGACUGCAGCCAAAUGUGGCAUCAUCUUCACCUGCCCUGAAGGAUUCAAGUGCUGCGGUGACAACUGCUGCCAGGAGUAUGAGCUCUUCUCUGGCCCCAUGAGGAUCUUUGUCAUCGUCUUCCUGAUCAUCCUGCCCAUCCUGUGCAUCUGCGGCCUGGCAAAGCGCUUCUGUCGCAGCUGCAGAGAGCAGGAACAGGACCGCCAGAUGGACCGCGAGGGGCCCUCCGAACAACCCUCCAUUUCCCCAGCAGAGAGGGUCAGGGUGUCCGCCUCUGAGCCUCCACCUCCCUACAGCGAGAUUAUUCUGAAGCCAGUCCUGGGCUGGCCCCCCAUGGAGCCGCCCCCUCCCUACAGCUUCAGGCCUGAAGAAUAUUCUGGGGUACACAGAGGCAUCGACAACCCAGCCUUCUGAGCUACCUCCUGCUUGGAAUCCUGCCACAGCCACCUCCUCCCCAGUGCUUCCUGGAGCGAGCCAGAGAUGCUUGGGACCCUUGGAACACUCCCACCCAACCCGCCACAUCUCUGGGCAUUCUUGUAUUUAAUUUAUUGCUUUUCCUGCCCCUGUUCCACCUCGACUGUUUCUCUUAUCCCAAGGGCUGGGCUAGAGUGACAGUAUCCAUCCAUCCCCCCACCCCUAACCCAGGUUAGAAGCUGCCAAGAGGAAAAUGUCGUCAGUUGGAGGUGCCUGACAGUGGAAUAGGCUACUCUGAGGAGUGAAGAGAGCCCCGUUUCUGGAAGUAUACAAAUCUUGACUGGACAGCCAGCUCUGAGAUAUAAAAGGCACUAAGAUCGGACUGCAUGAGCUCUGAGCCACCUCCAGUUCUACCUGAAGAGAGAAGAACCCAUUCUGCCCUACCCUACUCCCCCAACACUUGUACUCACUAAACU